AGAUGGGUGCGCGGAAAACAUGAAUCGGAACGAAAGCUUCUGGCGUGGGUGCGAGGCGUGGAGAGCAUAAAACGGCCAACAGCGGACGAACAGUACACAAUUUGUUCAGGGAAAAAGCCGGCAACAUGUCAGGGCUAACGGUUUUUGUCGGCCUUUGUCUACUUAUGGUACUGGGAGGAACGCUAGCACUAGGUGACGAAAACACCGGUUCACUUCUACCUUUUAGUAGGGAAUACGCAAUGGAACAAGACGCUGACUUCAUUCCGAUUGCUGCCAAAGCAGAGGAGAGAGAAAGAGCGAGAGAACGGGGAAGGUUCGGUCAUAACCACGAGGAACGAGAACGAGAGGAAAAUAAGCAGGUGCGUAAACAUGUAAGGAUUCCUAAAGGUUCGAGUGAAGUCCAGUCUGACGCAGCCCCAAAACAACGAGGGCGAGAAAGGGGUCUGGAGCGUGUGGAGGAAAAAGAAAGGUUUGAUUUACAAGGGCAUAAACAGAGAGAACGCCAACGACAGAGGGAAAGAGAGCGAGAGAGGGAGAGAAAGAUCCAUGGAAUGAUCAUGAAGGAGCUAGAAAAGGAGAUGGAAGGGGAACGGCAAAGACAAAUGAAGGGGAAACACGGAAUGAGGGAGGAAAGACAGAGGUUCAGGGCCAAAGAGUGGGGGAAAGAAGAAGGCAAGAAACACUAGGAGAAAUCGCAUGAAUCGGAAAUCCCCCCAGUGAACAAACGCAGAUUCCACAAAGGAAUCCAUUCCACAAACAAUUCAUCACCAGUGCGAAAACACAAUUGAGCUCAGAGAAAGACCAUCAUUUUUAGCUAGACUUUCCAUGACGGAUGUGGCUAUCUCAAUAAACAGGUGGAACUAGA